GAGAAAAAAACAUCCAUCGUCAAACUGCUCCCGAAAGCGGCAGGAAGAGGAAGAGGGCGGCUGGCAGUCGCGGGCAAAUGGCAGCGGCGAGGCCCCGGCCAUAAAGCCGCCCCGCCUGCCCUCGCCGAGGGGCUGGGGGAGCUUUGAAGUCGCCGGGGUGGGAGCAGCGACGCUGACGCCUCCGAAAGCUGCUGCCCACGGGGGGUGCCGCAGGAGGAGCCCCCUUCUGCUCUGCUCGGCACCCAGGGAGGUGAGAAGCCCGGCCCCAGGGGCGAUUCCCUGCAGGAAUCGCUCCCUGUGGAGCCCCUGGGGGAGUUUUGGCACCUCUGCUUUCAUCCCCACAGCUCGGGCAGGCUGGGAGGCCGCAGACGGUGGCGCAGAAGCGGAGGAGCCGGGGGUCAGGGUCGCUCCCUGCCACCGGGGCACUUCUCUACCUGUUCGACCCUCGCUCCUUCCAAAAGCAGGGCCCGGCGCUGCCGCAGCGGCCGCCAGCCCGCGGGGGGAAGCUUCCUUCCUCCCCCCCCAGCCAGGGCGUUCCCCAGCCCGCGUUUACAGCCUCGCGGGGAGAGCUGGAGAAAUUCGGGUACCGAGCGGUGCCCGGCGAUGGGACGGGCCCUGCCUCGAGGGAACGGGGGCUCCAGGGGCACGGCCGCCCCACGGCGGGGCUUGGCCCGAGCUCCGCCGUCCGCCGCGCCGCUUCUGCAGGGCGAGCGGGGCUCGUUAGAGCAGGAAAUUGGGCGGAAAAACGACACAUGCCCCGAAACAGCGGGGACGAGGACGACAAGGGCUGGCCAGCGUCUGUCGCCUGCCUGUGUCCCUUCCACGGCACUAAAGCCCUUAAAAACGCCCCGUGGCCGCUUGGUGUUUAAUCGAGGCCGCCAAGCGCGGUCCGGGGCGGAUUGUGGGGUGCUUUGCGCAACGCCUGGCAGCCGGAAUGGGUCAAAAAGGGCAAAAAGGGGGGGGGCUGGCGCCUGGGGGGGGGGGGGACACGACUGGUCCCGAGCAUCUCGGGGACGCCCCACGCUGCAGGAGGAGUGGAGGCAGGGAGCGAAAACGGGGGGGAGCACAAGGGGGUGGCUGGGAGCGCGCACGUGUGUGUGUGUGCGCGCGCGUGGAGGAGGUGACUGAGUGUGUGCGGGAGGGGCGGGGGGUGACGUGUCCCGAGGUCCUGGCCCGGCUGUGCUCACACAAGGCACACACGCGUGUGCUCACAACUCCACGUCCCCGCACUGCCCACGGCACGGCCGGGGGGGUCCCAGGCACACGCGUGUGUCGGUCACAGCAGUGCCACCAGGGCUGUGCCCUGGGCGUGUCGGUGUCCGUGUCCAUCCCCGCGUCCCUGCUGGUGUCCCUGCCCGUGUCCCCGUGCAUCCCCAUGUCCCUGUCCGUGCCCGUCCCCGUGUCCCUGCCUGUACCCACAUCCAUGUCCCUGUGCGUUCCCGUGUCCCUGCCCGUGUCCCCGUGCAUUCCCGUGUCCUUGCCGGUGUCCCUGCCGAUGCCCAUGUCCCUCCCUGUGUCCGUGCCCGUUCCCGUGUCCCUGCCCAUGUCCAUACCCGUGUCCCUGCCCGUGUCCCUGUCCCUGUCCCUGCGCAUUCCCAUGUCCCUGCCCGUGUCCCUGCACAUUCCCACCUCCCUGCCCAUGUCCAUAUCCGUGUCCCUGCCCGUGUCCCUGCACACUCCCCUGUCCCUGCCCAUGCCCAUACCCGUGUCCCUGCCCGUGCCCGUGUCCCUGCCCAUGUCCCUUCACAUUCCCAUGUCCCUGCGCGUUCCCAUAUCUCUGCCUGCGUCCCUGCCCGUGCCCAUGCCCAUACCCGUGUCCCUGCCCGUGCCCGUGCCCGUGUCCCUCCACAUUCCCGUGCCCCUGCCCGUGCCUCCCUCCCGCCCUCCCUCCACCCGUGCCUGCGCCCUCCGGGGCCCCUCCUGCCCCCCGCGGCGGCGGCGGCGGCCCCCCGUGCUGGCCGGGUGCCGGCUCCCCAACGCCUGCAGCCGCCAGCGCCUUUUUGGGAAGCAGCCGUUCUCCCAGUCCCCGGUGUCCCCAUCCCACUGA